AUGGCUCUUGAGAAGAAGGGUGGCGAGAAGAAGGGGCGUUCUGCCAUCAGUGAGGUAGUGACCAAGGCAUACACCAUCAACAUUCACAAGUGCAUCCAUGGAGUGGGUUUCAGGAAGGGUGCCCCUCGGGCACUCAAAGAGAUCUGGAAAUUUACCAUGAGAGAGAUGGGAACUCCAGAUGUUUGCAUUGACACCAGGCUCAACAAAGCUGUCUGGAUCAAAGGAAUAAUGAAUGUUCCCUACCGUAUCCGUGUACGGCUGUCCAGAAAAUGUGACGAGGAUGAAGAUUCACCAAACAAGUUCUACACUUUGGUUACCUAUGUACCUGUCACCACUUUCAAAAAAUCUACAGUUAAUGUGGAUGAGAACUAA